AUGGCAAACAACCCCAGUUCAGACCCUGAGGUGAAUCAAACUCCAGAUUCAGAGUUUUCUCCAGCGGAACUUCAAAGCUUAGUACGGGUUUUGAGCAAACUCUCAAAUAUGCAAUUAUCAAGCGCAAAAUCAAGUGCCAAUUUCUUAUCAGAUCCAUCAAGUGUUUAUUACUUGCAUCCAGCUUUGAAAUCAAAGAACAAACUAGGAUUCAUUGAUGGAACUAUACAAAAACCGAAUAAGGAUGAUCCAACUUUUAUAGCUUGGGAUAAAUGCAACACAUAUGUUGUAGCCUGGAUUAAUUUGUCAUUGAGUACUGAAAUUGCACAGAGUGUAGCUUGGAAUGAGAUUGCUGUAGAUCUGUGGGUUGAUUUAAAGCACAUGUAUUAUCAUGGAGAUUUGUUUAAGAUUGCUGAGUUAGAAGAAGAAUUACACACAAUGAAACAGGGAGAUCUAACCAUCACAGGAUACUACACGAAGAUGAAGGCAGUUUGGGAAUAA